AUGUCCACCACCACGCAAACUUCCUCUGCCACCCAAUCCUCAGACUACGUCCCGCGCGGACCCGCUGAAGCAAGCCUCACCCCCCCAGCGGGACAACCCAAAUACAACUACCGCGAACAAAAAGUCACUGUCCCGCUGACUGACAUCCGCGGCAAUGAAGCCGCCUACACCCUCGACAAAGACUCCUUCUCCGCACACUCCAAUGUGCCCUCCGCCGCAACAUACUCCACCUUCGACUCCGACGACACCAUCCGCUCCGUCUACUACCCGGAGGUCACGCAAUUCCUGCUGGACAAGGUGCCCGGUGCGCACAAAGUCAUCCUCUUCGACCACACCAUCCGGCGCCAGAAAGAGGGCUCCGCGCGCACUCCCGUGAGCCGCGCACACGUGGACCAGACGCCGCGCGCCGCGGCUGACCGCGUGCGGCUGCACGUGUCGGAUCCCAAAGAGGCGGAGGCGUUGCUGGCCGGCCGGUACAGGAUCAUCAACGUGUGGCGGCCGUUGGGGCCGGAGCCGGUGCAGAGUUUCCCGUUGGCGUUUGCGUCGGCGGCGUCGGUGCAAGAGAGUGAUCUUGUUCCGGUGCAGCACCGGUAUCCGAACCGGGUGGGGGAGACGAUGGGGGUGCAGUACAACCCCGGGCAGAAGUGGAAUUAUUGGUCGGGGAUGACGGGGGAUGAAAGGUUGUUGCUCAAGUGUUCGGAUUCGAAGGGGUUGGCGGAUGGGAGUGUUGCGCAGUGGGUGCCACAUACGGCGUUUGAGGAUGCGAGGACGCCGGCUGGAGCGCGGCCGCGGGAGAGUAUUGAAGUUAGGGCUUUGGUGUUUGGGUAG